UACUCGGUGAUAUGAGCAUCCAAUGCCAUAAUGGGUACCAUAGUAAGUGUCAAUAUAGUGAUAUAUAUAUAUAUAGCACAUCAUGACUGGUUCAAGACUCUUCAUCCUUGUAUUUAGCAAACAUCAACUGCUUGUAUUGUUUCUUGAAUUGGCUCAUCGUUGUGCAUUGUUUGAUUUCCUUACUCAAUCCAUUCCAUAGUUUGAUUCCACAUACUGAAAUGCUAUUUUUUUUUUACCUUCAGUUUUGUCCUUGGUUGAGUUAAUAUUGUAAAGUCUGCGUGUGUUGAUCACUCAUCGUCUUGUCUACACACACUCCCCUCCCCCAGCCGUGGAAUUUUGUUCCCAGGACUGCCUGGCAUUCCUCACUCCUGCAUCAUGGGGUCUGUUUCUGUUUGUGUGUGUGUGAAAGUGUGUGUGUGUAGGUACACAGUCCUGCCGGUAAGACAUAGAAAUCAAAUACAUUGUGACACAACGAGAUAAGCAAUCAGUUCAUUGUAACGUUUACAUCCUCUUCAUUUGUUGACGUCCAUUGUUGUUGUUAAUCCUCUCUCAUUUGUCCCAACCACCCACUGAGUGCUCUCCCACAAUUGUAUAUAUUUCUGUGGCCUGUAUGUGCAUACUAGUAGUAGUACGUGUGUAGCUGGUGGACCAUCUAACUGUGGGAAGAGUUGGUGUCAUGAGAAUCAUGAAAAGUGGAGGCCUGAGCCUGAUUAUUGAGCAUCUGAAGAGCAAGAGGGAAAGGUGACAUGGCUGCCUUGUUUACUGAGCUCCCCUCCUAGACAUCCUCAUUUAGCCACACACAGCUACACAACCCUGGGAUCCACACACAAGUCACACACACUUGUGGCUCCGAGUUGCGUCAGGGAUGACAACAUCCUACCUGAAUGGCCACGGAGGAGGAGAUGAAGAGCUGAGGUUAGGACAGCAGCACAGGGAAAUGGCGGUCGACUGUCCGGGAGAGCUGGGGAGCCGAACGCUGCCGGUCCGACGAUCUGCACAACUGGAGAGGAUACGACAACACCAGGAGGACCUUCGUCGGCGCAGAGAAGAGGAGGGUCGGCAGCUGGAUCUGAACGCCUCUCUCAGGCUCAAGAAGCUCUCCCAGAAUCCCCACACCGGCAUUGACAACCCCACGUUCCUCCAGGACACAAACGCACCACAGCAGCCGCCACUCAGCAACCAGCACCCUUUGCUAGAGUUGGAGGAGUUGCUACUGUCACUGAAGCAGGUCCAGGGCUCUUUGUCGGACCAACAGAGUCAGAACGACAUACAACUGGUUCUUGCACUACUAAACAAGUCUGAUUUCCAGUCUGCACUUAAAAUACAUAAUGCGGUGGCGAGCAGCAUGCACCGACCCUCCCCUCCGUACCCCCACACACACCAGGCACUACAACUGGCACUGGAGGUCAGAAAUCUCAGCCAAACAAGUCAUAACAAAGAAGGACUGGAACUCUCCAGCCUGCUGUCGGACACACACAUCCAGUCUUUGCUUGUGGCACACGACAACAUAGCAGAGAGAGAAAUGGAACCAGAACCACUGAGCAGCCAAACGGAGACACUGAGACAGUGGGGCGGAGAGCCUGUAAAGAUUGUCCAAAUAGAGAAAGCCCGAGACAUACCACUGGGGGCAACGGUCCGUAACGAAAUGGAGAGCGUGAUUAUCAGUCGAAUUGUUCGAGGUGGAGCAGCCGAACGCAGUGGACUUUUAGCGGAAGGAGAUGAAAUACUGGAAAUUAACGGCGUUGAGAUCAGAGGGAAAGAUGUCAACCAAGUCUUUGACAUCCUCGCGGACAUGCACGGCCUUCUGACCUUUGUGCUUAUUCCGAGCAGUCAGAGCAAACCCCCACUCGUCAAAGAGUCUGUGGUUCACGUAAAAGCCCAUUUUGAUUAUGACCCAUCCGAUGACCCUUACGUGCCAUGCAGAGAGCUGGGCCUGUCCUUCCAGAAAGGAGAUAUUCUUCACAUCAUUAGCCAGUCAGACCCUAAUUGGUGGCAGGCUUACAGGGAUGGAGACGAGGAUAACCAGCCUCUCGCUGGAUUGGUACCAGGUAAGAAUUUCCAGCAGCAGAGAGAAGCCAUGAAACAGACGAUAGAAGAAGACAAGGAACCUGAGAAGUCAGGAAAGCUGUGGUGUGCCAAAAAGAACAAAAAGAAGAGAAAGAAGUUGCUUUACAACAACAAAAACGAUGAUAUCGAUGAAGAGAUUCUGACCUAUGAGGAGAUGGCCCUGUACCACCAGCCGGCCAAUAGGAAGCGGCCGAUUGCGCUGAUUGGCCCAACCAGCUGUGGGCAGGCGGAGCUCAGGCAGAGGCUGCUGAAUAACCAACCAGAACGCUUUGCCGGAGCCGUGCCUUACACAACGCGGAGCCGGCGAGAUGGCGAACUGAUUGGUCGAGAUUAUCAUUUUGUUUCUCGUCAAACGUUUGAGGCAGAGAUGGCUGCCGGGAAGCUGAUUGAAUCCGGCGAGUUUGAGAAGAAUCUUUACGGGACCAACACCGACUCCGUGAGGCAGGUCAUAAACACUGGAAAAAUAUGCGUCCUCUGUCUGCACACUCAGGCCCUGAAGGUGCUGAGGAGUUCCGAUUUAAAACCUUACAUCAUCUUCAUAGCCCCGCCAUCCCAGGAAAGGCUCAGAGCGCUGUUGGCUAAAGACAACAAGAACCCCAAGCCAGAGGAGCUACGAGACAUCAUUGAGAAAGCGCGGGAGAUGGAGCAGAGCUGGGGUCACCUGUUUGAUGCCAUCAUCGUCAACACGGACCAGGACAAAGCUUACGCCGAACUGCAAAGACUCAUCAACAAGCUGGACACAGAGCCUCAGUGGGUGCCCAGCUCCUGGCUGCGCUGACGCAUACACAGUGUUCGUAGUGGGUACACACCAUCCACGCCAAAAAAUCACAUACUUCUGUCAGUAGUACACUCGGGUAUGUAUGCUGCACACACUGGGGACUUGGUUCCUGAAUGUUGACUGUUUCAAAUUAAUUACUGUCAUUGCACACUUACCGAAUAUUUACCUUUUUUUUUUUUUUCCUUCACUACUUUCCACCGAUUUCCACUUUCAGACGCCUUUAUUUCAAGUUAGUCCCUCCUUUUCUGCUGCAUAGCCAAGACUAGCAACUCACUAUUUUAGGCUUUUUUGUGUGCAACAUCCGCGUACUGACAUUAUACUGCAUUUUUGUCGUACAGUAUACAACAGGGGUCUCAAACUCAAUUUACCUGGGGGCCACUGGAGCUAGGGUCUGGGCAAGGCUGGGCCGCAUCAGGUUUUCCACAAAAAAAAACAAAAAAAUUAUUAAAAA